AUGCCUCUGUCUGUGAAGACUGUUAAAGACAGAACCCUAAAAAUGGCAGAAAACAUUAGCAAACAGCAAAUUCAAGACAUUAAUUCAGCUGUGGCGUACUCCAUCGCCUGUGAUGAGUCCAAAGAUAAAGGUGAUAUUGAACAAAUAGCACUGUUCUGCCGAUAUGUGAACUCUUUUGGGCCACAGGAAGAACUGAUUGAGCUGAUACCACUAAAAGACCAAACAAGGGGUGAGGAUAUCUGUAAGGCUGUCCUGGACUUUUUAAGUGCUUAAAAAAUAAACACCAACCACCUGGUCUCAGUGGCUACUGAUGGGGCACCGAGCAUGAGAGGAGCACAGAAGGGCUUUGUGGCUCUACUGCAGAAGGCACUGGGUAGAACGCUGCUGUCAUUUCAUUGCAUCCUGCACCAAGAGGCAUUGUGUGCUCAAACAUUUCCCCCCGAAUGCACAAAAGUGAUGGAUGUGGUCAUUCAGAUUGUUAAUAAGAUAAUGGCAAAGGGUUUAAACCACCGCCAGUUGCGUUUGCUAUUGGAUGAGGUGGAAAGCACAUAUUCUGACCUCCUGCUCCACAACAAGGUCCGGUGGUUGUCCAGAGGCGAGGUGCUAAAACGCUUUGUCACAUGUUUGGAAGAAGUAAAAACCUUCCUGGCCAGCAAAGAGCUUACCUUUGCUGAGCUGGAACAGCCAGAGUGGCUGGAAAAAUUACAUUUUAUGGUAGACAUGACAGCCCAUCUAAACACGCUAAAUACAUCCCUUCACGGGAAAGGAGGCGCAGCCCUGCCCAUGCUGGAGGAGGUUUUGGCAUUCGAGCGCAAGUUGACAGUGUUUGUCAAAGAUUUCCAGAGAGGUACACUGUCUCACUUUCCCUCUUUGAGAGAGUUCAAACAAAGUCAUGAUACGAUAAAUUUGGAAUAUUUCAAGUCUGCAAUCACCGCAAUGCAAAGCUCGUUUGGGAAACGAUUCUGUGGGUUCAGAGAAGAAAAAACACAUUAUCCUUCCCUGUCACUCCCCUGGCGAUCGAUCCAUCCCUAUUGAAUAUGACUGCAUUUCCAGGUGUAAGUCAACCUGAUCUUGAGCUGGAACUGGCCGAUAUAGCUGACAAAGAUAUAUGGGUGUCCAAGUUCAAAUGCUUGACCGCUACUCUUGAGGAUGUUGCCUGUCAGAAGGCCAUUCUGGCUCAGAAUCAUAAAUGGAGUGAUAUUGAAAACCUUCCCAAACAGGACAAACUUGUAUUCGAAACAUGGAAUGCCAUCCCCAACACUUAUAUAAACAUGAAAAAGUAUGCAUUUGGAGUCCUGUCGAUCUUCGGUUCCACAUAUGUAUGUGAGCAGGUCUUCUCCAACAUGAACUAUAUUAAAAACAAACAUCGAUCACGCCUCACAGAUGACAGCUUGCAAGCCUGUGUGAAAAUGAAGGUGACGUCUUACAGCCCUGAUGUGCAGACACUGAGCACUGAGGUUCAGGAGCAAAAGUCCCAUUAA